AUGCACCUCACCAUCUUCUUCACCCUCGCCCUCGCGGUCCUCUCCCUCGCCGCUGCCACUCCGUCAGACGCUUUCGGCAUCUGCGGCAUCGUCCAUCUCCAGAACGGCCAUGUCAAGACGCUUCACCAAACCCGCUGCCAAAUCGUCGACAACCCGAAAGACUACGACAUCAUGGGCCGCUGCCACUGCUUCUUCUACAGUCUAAGAGGACGUGAUGUCGGCGGGCGCGGAAAGCAUGUGGUCGGCACUGCUGCUAUACGCUCGCGGCCCUACUCGGGCGGACUUCGUCGUGGUGGACUACUGGGCUUAUGGAUGGGGACCACGGAGGACCUACCCUUCUGCAUUCACUGUACAAACGUUUACAACAUCCGUCACCGCGUUUUCCGCGGCAGGAGCGACCCGGUUGAUCGCCUCUUCGUCGCCUCAACAAACUCACAUCCACGCCGUAUUUCACCCAUCUACCUCUCACCGUCCUUCUCCAACACAAUCUCUGAAGAUCUCCAACUUCAGUCAGAUUACUUCAACCACCAACUAAACUGCCUUCUCGGCCGGCACACAAUGAAGCUCCUCAUCCUCGCCCUCCUCUCCAGCAUCGUCGCCGCUCUCGUCCCGUCACCAUCACCCCCUUCAGCCGACUCCAACCCCCAGAUGACGGACAAGCUCCGCUGCGGCAAGUUCAAAAAGGACCGCACCAAGUCCCACCUCGAUGACAAACCGGUGUACUGGCCGUCCGGAUGCGGCGUCACGCCCAAGGGCUACCAAGUCAUCGAAGUCAACGCAGACUGCAAGUGCACGUUCUGGGAGAACUGUAUUCGAAAAGGCUCAAAUUGUCCCGCUGCGGCGGCGAAACAACCGGUCUUUGGCUAGGUUAGGACACCCAGCUCUCGGCUUGUUUGUCGCCCCGGGUAUAUGCGGGUUAUAAAUGGACGGGAUGCUACAUACAUGACCGGGCAUCUAGGUAACCAUGGCGCGGUUACCUUUCGAUAGAAGCCCUGGGAUCCUUAAUCAGAAAUGAAAUGUCUACAAACCCACCUUUGUCCCAUGAUUGGCUGAUAUGACUCGCGGUAAAGGAGCAGCUCCGCAGACCGCUGCAUUUCCACACCGCGCAGCGAGGCGGGAGCAAAUUAACCUCCAGGGCUGAUCAGGGCCUUGGCAAUGUAGGAGUCGGUGAGAGAUGCCGCACCCAUAUACUCCUCCCACUUCCUCUGAUCGCCCUCGCAUCUUCUUCGACCUCUUCCUCUAUCCGCCCCUCUACACUAAAUCUCAGACGCUCCAACCUCCAACAAACAACAAACAACCCUCCCAC